AUGAACUUCGCAUCUAGGUCAAGCCAUAUUUAUUCAUUGCAGGGUUUUUCCCGAUAUGUUGAGAUAGGCCGUGUGGCCUUUGUUGCCUUUGGUCCAGACCAGGGAAAACUGGUCGCCAUUUCAGAUGUUAUAGAUCAGAAUAGGGCUCUAGUUGACGGCCCAUGCACUGGUGUAGCCAGAAAAUGUAUGAACCUGAAACAGCUCCACCUCACCAAGUACGUGCUCAAGUACGGCCACGGAGCCAGGACAGGCACUAUCCGCAAGGCCUGGGAGAAGGCGAAGAUCAGUGAACAGUGGGCCGAGUCCACCUGGGCCAAGAAACUGGCCCGCAGGGAACAGAGGGCUCAGCUGACCGACUUUGACAGGUUUAAGCUUAUGAAGGCAAAGCAAGCGAGAAACCGCCUCAUCGCCAUUGAGUACGGAAAACUGAAGAAGGCUGCCAAGGGAACGAAACCCAAACCAAAGCGCGCCAAGCCCAACAAAAAAGUACACAAGAAGCAGUAGAGACUUGAUGGAAUGAAUAUUUUUUAAUGAACAGAACAUUUCGGGGAACAUGUCAAUAAAUAAAGAAAUAUUGACUUCAAAGAA